AUGGAUAGGCUUCCAAAAGAACCUAUCAACUCCGAUAACACGGACCAUAAGGGAGUCAUAGGACGUCAUGGUAUGGGAGAAAUUGUCUAUAAUGCGAUCAAGCUUCCUAAGCAGUGGUUUAGAGUAUCAAAGUCAAAGUCCGCUUCUCGGGAAGCUAUAACUAACGAAUGCAGCCAGCACUGGAUCCAGUGGCACUUCAUCCCACCACGGGCCCCUUCUUUCGGCGGCCUAUGGGAGGCUGCAGUGAAAACCGCGAAAACAUCACUGGUAAAAAUUCUCGGCAGCACCCAGCUCUCCUUUGAGGAUUACGCGACCGUGCUUUCCCAGAUCGAAGCCAACAUGAAUAGCCGUCCGCUGACAUCGCUAUCGAACGAUCCUUCGGAGCUAGACGUUCUAACUCCCGGUCAUUUCAUCAUCGGAUCGCCACUUAUCAGCCUGCCGGAGCCGAAUUACACAAACAUCCUAACCAAUCGGCUUGAUCACUACCAGCAGCUGCAAAAACUUAUCCAACAACAUUGGGACCGGUGGAGGAAAGUAUACCUCACAGAACUCAACCAUCAGCGAGAGAAGGCUACAUUUUCGACCCACAUCCAGGUCGAACAAAUUGUUUUGGUCAAGGAGGACUGA